ACAAAAAUAGCUCAAAACAACAGCCACUGUAGAUCCCUGUUUCUCCGAGCAGCCGCCUCCGUUUUCCCCAAAAUUUUCCAAAAAAGUUGGAAAGGGCUUGGAAUUUCUGCAGCUUUGAAACAAUCGAUUUCGUUUUCCCAACUCAGCGUCCGCCAUUUCAAUCUCUUCUUCCCAAUGUCCGUUUCGAGGGUUCUGUUUCGAGCUUCCACCAGGAGCCUGCGCCGGAGCUCGCCGAUUCUCUCCAAGCAGUUUCGCGGUCUCGUUCAUGAGACUUCCGGCAAGUUUGCUCCAGUUCAGGUGUCUCUAUUACAUCAUAUAGUCUUCAAUCCAUUCCCCUUCCAAAAAUUUGGAAUAUCUUCUACUACUUCCCAUGAAUCUUCUGAAAAUAAAGAGGGGAGUGCCAAACAAAGUAAGAAUUAUUCUACAACUAAAGAUCCUACAAAAGAUGAGAAUUCUGAAGUUUCUGACCAAGCAGGAGAAUUGAAUUCUACAUCGAACUCCCAUUCCACCAAAUCGAAAUCAAGACAAUGGAGAAGACGCACUAUACGAACUGCCUUUUCUGAUUCGGAUUCCGAGGGUUGUGAGCAACCUUCCAUGGAUGAUCUGGUAAAAUCACUGGCGCGGAAGGAAGAACUUUUGAAGUCUAAGCACAAAGAGAUUAAGAAAAUGCAAGACAAAGUCCUCCGUUCUUAUGCAGAAAUGGAGAAUGUUAAGGACAGGACAAGACGUGAAGCAGAGAACUCAAAGAAGUUUGCAAUUCAGAAUUUUGCAAAGAGUUUGCUGGAUGUUGCUGACAACUUGGGAAGAGCCUCGUCUGUGGUUAAAGACAGCUUUUCAAAAAUUAAGGAAUCUGAGGACUCGAGUGGCGCCGUACCUCUUCUAAAAACCCUUCUAGAAGGGGUCGAUAUGACUGAGAAACAACUCGUGCAGGUAUUUAAGAAGUCCGGGGUAGAGAAAUUCGACCCUACGAGCGAGCCAUUCGAUCCACAUAGGCAUAACGCGGUAUUCCAAAUCUCAGAUGGGUCUAAGCCAGAUGGCACUGUUGCUAUUGUCCUAAAGUCUGGAUAUAUGCUAUACGAUCGAGUUCUUCGGCCAGCCGAAGUUGGUGUGACUCGAGCAGCGGAAAGUAAUCCAAGUGAUAACGUGUAAGUCUACAUAGAAGCUAAGCUACCAUGGAAGGCUGUCAAAUGUUGAUGAAGAAAAUGGCUAUGGUUGUGAUUGGAUUAUUCAAAACUUUCCAUUUCUAUGACAGGAAAUGUUGCAUGAGGUACGAAGCAAUGAUUCUCUCUUUCCAGUAGAAUGAGAAUAAAAGAAUAGCAUUGAGUUACUUAAUAACAGUUUAGAAGAAAUUAAUUUUCCAA